AUGAAUUUUGAUCUAGAAAGAAAUGUGUUUGUUGUAAGCCUGGCAGUUGCAGACUUGGUUGUAGCAGUCUACCCGUAUCCUCUUGUUCUCACAUCUGUAUUUCAUAACGGAUGGAAUCUGGGAUAUCUUCACUGCCAGAUUAGUGGCUUCCUGAUGGGCCUCAGUGUCAUUGGAUCAAUCUUCAAUAUCACAGGCAUCGCUAUCAAUCGGUACUGCUAUAUCUGCCACAGUCUCAAAUAUGACAAGCUAUACAGCAACAAGAACUCAUUGUGUUAUGUUGUCCUUAUCUGGGUCCUAACAUUUGUUGCUAUUGUGCCCAACCUGUUUGUGGGGUCGCUCCAGUAUGACCCCAGGAUUUACUCAUGUACAUUUGCACAAUCUGUGAGCUCAGCAUACACAAUAGCGGUUGUGUUUUUCCAUUUCCUUCUUCCUAUAGCCAUAGUCACUUUCUGUUACUUGAGAAUAUGGAUCCUGGUUAUUCAGGUAAGGCGAAGGGUUAAACCAGAUAACAACCCCAGACUGAAACCACAUGACUUCAGAAACUUUGUAACCAUGUUUGUGGUAUUUGUAUUGUUUGCAGUCUGCUGGGCUCCUUUGAACAUUAUAGGUCUUGCUGUGGCUGUCAAUCCGGAAACCAUAAUCCCUAGGAUUCCAGAGUGGUUAUUUGUAUCUAGUUAUUACAUGGCAUAUUUCAACAGCUGCCUUAAUGCUAUCAUAUAUGGACUGCUGAACCAGAACUUCAGAAGAGAAUACAAGAGAAUUAUUGUCACUUGUUGCACAGCAAAGUUUUUUUUCCAGGACAGUUCUAAUGAUGCAGGAGACAGGAUGAGAAGUAAACCUUCUCCAUUGAUUACAAACAACAACCAAGUGAAGGUGGACUCUGUCUGA